AUGGCGAGACGCAACCAAAUGCCCAUGAUGCAGCCGCAGGUGAUUGUGCUCAAGGAGGGCACUGACACAUCCCAGGGCGUGCCCCAGCUUCUGUCGAACAUCUCUGCGUGCUUGGCGGUGUGCGAUACUGUGCGCACAACGCUCGGUCCGCGCGGCAUGGACAAGCUGAUCGUGGACAGCCAGAAGCGGGUGACAAUCUCGAACGACGGCGCAACGAUCAUGAAGCUCUUGGAUGUGGUACAGCCGGCAGCACGCACUCUGGUUGAUAUUGCGCGUGCGCAGGAUGCUGAGGUGGGCGAUGGCACAACCAGCGUGGUUCUACUGGCGGGUGAGCUGCUGAAGGAGGUCAAGGACUUUGUUGACGAGGGAGUGAGCCCGCAGGUGAUCAUCAAGGGCUUCCGGAAGGCGGCAGAGCUGGCGAUCGAGCACAUCAAGCAGCUGGCGGUCAGUGUGGACCGGUCGGACAAGCAAAAGUUCCGCGAGCUACUGGAGAAGUGCGCGGCGACGAGCAUGAACUCGAAGCUGAUUGGAUCGCAGCAGGAGUUCUUCAAGACCAUGGUGGUUGAUGCGGUGCUGCGCCUGGAUCAGGACGAGCUGAACGAGGAGAUGAUCGGGAUCAAGAAGAAGUCGUUCUCGUACGCUGGCUUUGAGCAGCAGCCCAAGUCAUUCGACAACCCCAAGAUUGUGUGCCUGAACGUCGAGCUGGAGCUCAAGGCGGAGAAGGACAAUGCUGAGGUGCGCGUAGACAAGGUGUCCGAGUACCAGGCGGUGGUGGAUGCCGAGUGGAAGAUCAUCUUUGACAAGCUGGAGGCGAUUGUUGAGACAGGCGCCAGUGUCGUUCUGUCGCGGUUGCCGAUCGGUGAUCUGGCGACGCAGUACUUUGCUGACCGCAGCAUCUUCUGCGCUGGCCGUGUGACCAAGGACGACAUGGAUCGCGUCACGGUGAGCGGGCUGACGGCAGCGCACCUGGGCACAUGCGCCAAGUUCGAGGAGCGGCAGAUCGGCGGGCAGCGGUUCAACAUGUUCCGCGGAUGUCCCGAGGCCAAGACGUGCACCAUUGUGCUGCGUGGCGGUGCUGAGCAGUUCAUCGACGAGGUCGAGCGCAGUCUGCACGACUCGAUCAUGGUCGUGCGGCGUGCAGUCAAGAGCCAGGCGGUGGUUGCUGGCGGCGGAGCGACCGAGAUGGAGGUGUCGCGGUUCCUGCGCGACACAGCCCGCGGUAUCGAGGGAAAGCAGCAGCUGGUGCUGACGGCGGUGGCCAAGGCGCUGGAGGUGAUCCCGCGGCAGCUGUGCGAGAACGCCGGCUUCGACACGACGGACUUUAUCACGCAGCUGCGUGCCCGCCAUGCGCAGGAUCCCGACAAGUUCAAGUGGUACGGCGUGGACAUCGACGAGGAGGCAGUGGCCGAUCUGUUUGCCAAGUUCGUGUGGGAGCCAGCGCUGGUCAAGAUCAAUGCGAUUUCCAGUGCCGUUGAGGCCGCGUGCCUGGUGCUCAGCGUCGACGAGACAGUCAGCAGCCAGCAGUCGGAGUCGCCGCAGGCCAAGGGGAUGCCGCAGAUGCAGAUGCCGCGCUAA